CCAUAUUAAUCAGACUGUUAUUUAUAAGAAUCUCAAUUCCGAAACUCUCCAAUGUUAUCAUCCAUUUACGUCGUCGUAGCCUUUUUUUCAUUUCUCAUCGGUUUUCUCUUCUACUUCACCCACUUCCGAUGGACUCCAUCGGCACCGGAAAACCUUCACCGGAAACUUCCACCAGGUCCACGAGGUCUUCCGAUAAUCGGAAAUCUCCACAUAUUAGGUACCCUCCCUCAUCGUACCCUCUACAACCUCUCCAAAACCUACGGUCCAAUAGUGUUCCUAAAACUCGGCAACAUUCCAAUGGUGAUAAUUUCAUCGCCGGAAACCGCCGAGCUCGUACUGAAAACUCACGACGCAAUUUUCGCAAGCCGGCCAAAGCUGAAGGCGAUAAAUUACAUGAGUGACGGUACUAAGGGUUUAGCGUUUGCACCUUACGGUCCGCGGUGGCGCAAUAAUCGGAAGUUUUGUACUCAAAAGCUACUCACCGCGGAGAAAAUCGGGUAUUCUGCCGGGAUGAGGAAGGAGGAAAUUGGGGUUUUGGUGGAGGAGGUUAAGGGAUUUGGGGGUGAAUUGGUGGUGGUGGAUUUUGGGGAGAGGAUUGGGGAUUUGAUUGGAAAUAUGACUUAUAGAAUGUUAUUUGGGGAUGGGAAUAGUGAGAGAUUUGAUUUGAAGAAUAUUGUCAAGGAGAUAGUGAGAUUGAGUGGAACUUUUAAUGUUGCUGAUUAUGUGCCUUUUCUUGAGCCAUUUGAUAUUCAGGGCUUGAAUAAACAGUUGAAGGAAACAGGAAAGCGUGUUCAAGAAAUAUUUGAUACCAUAAUCAAUGAGCAUGAACAAGAUGCUAGGAACUACACUCACAAGAGCAAAAACAAGGAUCUUGUCGAUAUCAUGUUGUCAUAUCAAGAUAAUUUGAACUCCUACUCGAUUGAUCGUGCAACCAUGAAAGCUAUCCUUUCUGACAUGAUCGUUGGAGCCAUUGAUACUUCAGUCACUUGGAUAGAAUGGGUGUUUGCAGAAAUCAUCAAGCAUCCAACAGUAAUGAAGAAACUCCAAGAUGAGUUGACAUCUAUCGUAGGACUUGAUAGAAUGGUUGAGGAAGAUGAUUUACCUAAGUUGGAACACUUAGAACUAGUGCUCAAGGAAACAUUCAGGUUACAUCCUGUAGCGCCUCUUCUAGUUCCUCGAGAAUCAAUAGAAGACAUUGUGAUAAAUGAAUGUUACAUACCAAAAGGAUCACGGGUUAUGAUAAAUUGUUGGGCGUUAGGACAUGAUCCUAAGAUAUGGUCGGAUAAUGUUGAAGAAUUUGUUCCUGAGAGGUUUAUUGGCAAGAACAUCGAUCUUCGUGGACAUGAUUUUCAUUUACUACCAUUUGGAUAUGGAAGAAGAAGUUGUCCAGGACUAAAUCUGGGGUUGAUUACUGUCAAGUUGAUAGUUGCACAAUUAGUUCAUUGCUUCAAUUGGGAUUUGCCUGAUGGCAUAUUACCUGAUGAUUUGGACAUGACCGAAAAGUUUGGUUUGGCAGCACCAAGAGCUCAAAAAUUGCUUGUUAUUCCUACUUACCGUCUACUCUGUUAAAACCUGAUGCAUCCUACUUUGUUCUGUUUAAAAUAUAUUUCUAUCCUAGUCGCAAAU